GGUUAAUAAAGCUUCUUCGCAAAAGAACUCUAGAGUCUAUGGAGUGAACUAACAAUUAUCUUUAUAUAGACCUCGUGAUCUGCCAUGGGCUGGUGGGAUAGUAUAUGGGCGUCGAGCUCCAACGACGACCCGCUACGAAAGCUCGACCCGAAGCUCCGCGAAUUCCUAGAGCGAGAAUCACCCGUGAAAUACAGCGCCGCGCAGACGACGCAACCCCGCGCACAGGAGGAGCAAGCAGCUCCGACGAUAACGGAGGUAGAAGAACAGCAGAAAAAUGCACCAGUUGUUCCAAAGGAAAGCCAAUUCCCAGAUGGCAGAUAUGCGCAUCUAUGGAAAACGUAUAGGCCGUUGGCUGAGAUCGAGGCCGAGACCAAGAGCGAUCAUGAGAAGCUAAUGGACGUGCUGGAGGGGUAUAAGGAGCGCAAGAGCCAGAUUGGCAAGGCGGCCUUAGAGAACUGCGCACUCGAGCAAGUCGAUUGGAGGCAGUGCAUGUCGAAUCCGUCGAUGGCGGAGCGCAUGACUUUGUGCCGCGAUCAGGUCAGGAAGUUUGAGAAGUGCUACAUGACGCAGACUAGACUACUAAAGGCCUUGGGUUACCUAUCAACUCUCGACCGCUCUCCCGAAGCCGAAGAAGAGAUCCAAAUGCAUGCCGACACACUAUACCACCGCAUGCUGUCGCAAGAGGCAGAGAUCACUGCAGCAAGGGAGGAGGGUCGUCCAAUUCCUCGGUUCCCCCCAUUAAUACCGAGACUAGACCAGCAACCAAAAGCACAACAACCAGUAGAAGAGUUGACACAAGAACAACAGGAAACUCUUAGGGCGCGGUUAAAGAAAGUUCCCGAGGAAGACCGAGUCGCAGAAGAAGAGGCCAUCAGGGCGGAAUUCCGUGCCAAAGCUGAAGUCGCAUCGCGGGUGCAGGACUUGUGGAAGCAGCAGGAGCAAGAUAGACAGGCACGAAAGGCGAGGGGUGAGGAGACGCUGUGGGAUAAGGUCACUGGGACUUUUCGUAGCGAUAGCGGAAAAUGACAUGCCGUAUUCUAAGUCCAACUAUACAUAUGCUACGAUAUGAAGUUCACGACAUACCGAAGGGAUAACACGUUUUAUGUAGUUCUCGCCUCUAGCCUAAGGAGGUGCGAUUGUAUUAUACUUGUAUAUACUACUCGCGUUUAUACCUACCUCAUAUAUACAGUCAACCGGGAUGAAGCAACUCGCGGAGAAAAUACUAAAAACCACCAUGUAGG